AGUCCACCCAGUCAGCAGGUGUCCUGUGAAAUCAAGACUGCGAGAGGCAAGAAGUUUUCUUUAUAUGAUAAGAGAGAAGACAAACAUGGGCGUUCGCGCUGUUAUCUUCCUUGGAUGUGCGACACUCCUUUUUGCUUCAACUUCAGCUGGGAGUAUCCAGAAGCAGGCAGAGGUGGUCGAACAUCUAGAGAAUGGACUUUUUGAGAUCCUUGAAGAGGUAGAUGAGGAGUUGCGGCAACUAGAGCAGCAACAAAACGUUCCCGAAGGGUCCAGCGACGGCAUGACUCUUCGCCAGACCGGAAAAGCGUGGCGUGAUGAUUUGCGGUGCGGUGCGGGCUACCCGGCACCAAACGGACAAACUGCUCAAUGUGACCCUGCUGGCAGAUUCCCAUGCUGCUCCACUGGCAAAUGGUGUGGCAACACUGCAGCCCACUGUACCUGUUCUGGCUGUGUCCACUACAAGAAAGAGUGGCGCGAUGAUUUGCGGUGCGGUGCGGGCUACCCGGCACCAAACGGACAGCCUGCUAAAUGCAACCCUGGCGGCAGAUACCCAUGCUGCGCCCCAAGCAAAUGGUGUGGCAACACUUCGAACCACUGUUACUGCCGUGGCUGUGUCAACUACGGGAAGUAAAGUUUGACGCGUAGCACGAUGAUCUUCAGUGCGGUGAGGGGUACCCGGCACCAAACGGACAACCUGCUAAAUGGGAACCUGACGGCGAAUCCCCUUGCUGUUCCUCGGCUAACUGGUGAUGCAAGACUGGAGAUCACUGUGACUGUUCGGGUUGUGUUAAUUCCUUUUUCUUGGGUCUGCAAUCAGUACAAGCUUGCUUUCUACCACCCUCUCUCCUCUCUCUCUCUCUCUCUCUCUCUCUCUCUCCCUCUCCCCCUCUCUUUAAUACCCGUUUCACACCAUUUCCCGGGUAACUCUAAGAACUGUCAAAUUACAAAAGUUGAUGUAACUUAAGUCAUGCGAUUAUCACGAAUCACUUUACUACUUCUUUCCGGGAUUGCUCAAAGCAUUUGAAAAUGCUUCUUGCUCACAUGUAGCCCCUGACUUCAGUCUCCUUCGUUACAUUAUUAUUUUUUGGGGGGGGGGGGGCUUUUUGCCAUUACGUAUUUAGAUACAGGCACGCAAUGUCCCUCUAUAGACGGAUAAAUUUACAACAUCCAGAGUGUGAGUAGUCCUAAAUUUGAGAAAGAUCGUAAGUUUGGGAAGGUUGGUCUUGUCAUGGAGGUAGACGCGGCACCAACAUUUUUGCAUAUUUUAUAGCUUUUAUCACCAUCUAUUUACAUACGAGCACACAAUGUUCUUUUAAUGACAGAGGCCAUACCAAGAAUACUUGGUGAAAAGUUGAAACAAUCAGGUUGUGAGUUUUUAUGAAAUCAUGUAAAAGAACAAGUCCAAAGGAAGGGUGGCUUUGUCAUAGAAGUAGACGCUGCGCCAAUAGAUUUUGCAUUGUUAUUGCUUUUUAUUACCAUUUAAUUAGAUACGGGCGCACAAUGCCCUUCUGAUGGCAUUAGUCAUACCAAGUUUACUUGGUGAAAAGUGAGCAACAUUCAGAUUGCGAGUUUUCAUGAAAUCAUGAAAGACAGCAAGUAAGUCUAAAGGAAUGGUGACUUUGUCAUAGAGGUAGACGCUGUGCCAUUUGACUUUGCCUAUGUUAUUACUUUUAUUACAAUUAAGAUAGAGGCACACAAUUUUCUUUUGAUGACAGAAAUCAUACCAAGUUUACUUAGUGAAAAGUGGUCAACAUUCAGAUUGUAAGUUUUCCGAAAUGUUUUGAAGGCAUCAAGUCUGAAAUAAUUGUAAUUCUGUCGUAGAAGUAGACGCUGUGCCAAUAGGUAUUGCUUUUUUUGCCAAUGACUGUAAUACAACCACCUCAUGCUGUGACCGAUGCCACGUCUAUCAUAGAAAACAGGCUGUUAGUCCACCACAGCAGUCUACAUACACGUGACACCGUCUACGCACAGAGGUUCUUUAUCUAUAUCAUUUAGUCCUAUUUUUCGCAAGAAUAUAUUUACCAUAGGAAACGGUAAACGAAAGUUAGACCCCAGUCUAUACAGUUGAAAGUCUAACACAAAAGUAAGAACUGAAAAAAAAAUGUUCAUUCUAGAGGGCAAAGGGAAACCUAAACUCUGGUCUUGGAGUUAACACGUAUAUGGAAGACCCGGUGCAACUCGUGUGAAUGCAGAUCAGACUUAAAAACAACUAUAUUGCGGUCCCUUGUAAAUGGUAAGGCUUUCAUCUGUACAUGAAUGACGUCAGCAGAUCUAUACAAUCAUGUUAUGAUGAGAUGAUUGAUAUGGAUGUUCAAGAGCUUGUGACAUGUUAAGAGCUUGAGAUACAAAAAUGUAUGCUAUUGACACAUUAUCCGUUAUAGGGUUGAAGAAUUGAUGCCCUGAUUCGGAAAAACACACGGUGGUAACAGUAACUGUAACGAUCAUGUAAGAAAACAAAUAGAAGUAGUCCAUUACUGUACGUUGAAAUACAUCUAAAUAAUUCUCAUGUCCAGAAGGAAAACAAUGAAAACUUUUAUUACUAUCAAGUCUUUUAACACUCCGGCAGUUACCAACACUGCUAUACCUGCUGUCUGUCAUUGAGACUGGCGAUGUUAAGGAAGCUGAAUAUUUGUUUGUUAUUGUUUUUUUCCCAUAUUCUAAUAAAGCUUA